AUGCGGGCAACGAUUGCGAUUGCGAUGGCGGCGGCGAUGGCGGCGAACGCUAGCGCCUUCAUGGCAGGACCAACUCCUCUGGGAAGCAUGAUGAGAGGACGAUCAUUGCAGCUCAGAUCUGCUGAGACAGCACGAUCUGCUGAGGCGCGUGGGCCCACCAUGGCUCUUGCCCUUGUCACUGGAGCCAGCCGCGGGAUCGGCAAGUCCAUUGCGCUUGAACUCGGCAAAAGUCUGCUUACCCACGUUCCUCCCAGAGGAUCCAACGUCAUUGUCAACUACGCCGGAUCGCAGCAGGCAGCAGAGGGCGUGGUGAAGGAGCUCGAGGGAAUGGGCGUGAAGGCCAUGGCAGUCAAGGCCGACACCUCCGACCCUGCUCAAGUGGACGCCAUGUUCAAGGCCAUCGCUGAGUCCUUUGACGAGCCUGUGAGAACACGAUGA